GGGGCUCCCCCGGCGCCGCGGCUAGCGCGCCCGCUGUCUCGACCGCCUCAGCCACCCGCGCCGCCCGCCUGGGGGACGAGGAGCAGGACGCGGCCUCGGCCGGGCCCGGGCCGAACGGCUGCGGACACCCGGGCACCAGGCAGCCGAGCGCCGCCGCCGCCGCCGCCUCCGGGAUGGAUCAGUGCGUGACGGUGGAGCGCGAGCUGGAGAAGGUGCUGCACAAGUUCUCGGGCUACGGGCAGCUGUGCGAGCGCGGCCUGGAGGAGCUCAUCGACUAUACGGGCGGCCUCAAGCACGAGAUCCUGCAGAGCCACGGCCAAGAUGCUGAAUUAUCAGGGACACUUUCACUUGUUUUGACACAAUGCUGUAAGAGAAUAAAGGACACUGUUCAAAAACUGGCCUCAGACCACAAAGACAUCCACAGCAGUGUUUCUCGUGUUGGAAAAGCCAUUGAUAAGAAUUUUGAUUCUGACAUUAGCAGUGUGGGAAUAGAUGGCUGCUGGCAGGCAGACAGUCAGAGGCUUCUCAAUGAGGUGAUGGUGGAGCACUUCUUUCGACAAGGAAUGCUGGAUGUAGCUGAAGAGCUCUGCCAGGAAUCUGGUCUUUCUGUAGACCCAAGUCAGAAAGAACCAUUUGUGGAGUUAAAUCGAAUAUUAGAAGCAUUAAAAGUCAGAGUUCUGAGACCUGCUCUGGAAUGGGCAGUUUCAAACCGAGAAAUGCUUAUAGCCCAAAACAGCUCCUUGGAAUUUAAACUACACAGACUGUAUUUUAUUAGCUUAUUAAUGGGUGGAACUACAAAUCAGCGAGAAGCAUUACAAUAUGCUAAAAAUUUUCAGCCAUUUGCCCUAAAUCAUCAGAAAGACAUUCAGGUUUUGAUGGGAAGCCUUGUGUACCUGAGACAAGGGAUUGAGAACUCACCGUAUGUUCAUCUACUUGAUGCAAACCAGUGGGCUGACAUCUGUGACAUCUUCACACGGGAUGCCUGCGCCCUCCUGGGGCUCUCGGUGGAGUCCCCGCUCAGCGUCAGUUUCUCAGCAGGUUGUGUGGCGCUGCCGGCUUUAAUUAAUAUCAAAGCUGUGAUUGAACAGAGGCAGUGCACUGGAGUUUGGAACCAGAAAGAUGAAUUGCCCAUUGAAGUGGACCUUGGUAAAAAGUGCUGGUAUCACUCUAUAUUUGCCUGUCCCAUUCUUCGUCAGCAAACAACAGAUAACAAUCCACCCAUGAAAUUGGUCUGUGGUCAUAUUAUAUCAAGAGAUGCCCUGAAUAAAAUGUUUAAUGGUAGCAAAUUAAAAUGUCCAUAUUGUCCGAUGGAACAGAGUCCAGGAGAUGCCAAACAGAUAUUUUUCUGAAGAAAUAACUUUAAUUUGCAAUUUGAAGAAAGCUGUGAUAGAUUCCCAAUUUGCUUUUUGAUGUUUUCCUCUGCUCCAGCUCUCACCGAGAAGUCAGCAGACCUGCAUUUGAGCUCUGCUUGUAGCCCCAGCGGGCUGCCUGUUUCAAAUUCCAUCGUGAAUUUAGCAGGUUGGUGUGAGAAGUCUUCCACUAGAACAGAGUGGAAGGAGUACUAUUGUUUCUUUGCUUUUAUUGCCAAGAGGUGCUUGUUUUAAAAGUGUGUUCAAUAAAAUGAAAUUCUGAAGUUAGAGGUGUUCUUAAGUUAAUAUUUACUCUCUUGGUCUUGGUAGCCCUAUUCUCUGAAAUCUGCCUUCAGGACUUGGCUGUCUGUUUCAUUUGUAUAUCAUCGCAGACACAGUGUUGUUUGUGUGUGUAUAUAUGUGCACCAGCAUCAAACAUUGUGUAUCUGGAAGGGAAGAAGCAUGUUCCAGUCCUAAAAUCCAGUUACCAGACUCAUUACUUUAAAUCCUUAAAGUUAGAAGUUAGCAUAUUUUCUGUAGUGCAGAAUAUGUUUAUUGCUGUUUUUGUAUUUGAAUAGUAUACUGUUCAAUGCCUCUCUUCUGCAAAGUGUAUCAUCUCAUUGGCUGUGAAUCUGUAUAUUACUCUAACGGAUACAGAUGAUGAUCUUUUCUCUUGUGAGGUAUCUUCAUUUAAUGCACUGUCCAGAAAUAGCCACGUGUAAGAGUCUUUCUCUGUAUGAUGAACGAACUACAUGGAAAGGACUUCUGACUUACACCAGUUAAGUCACUUCGUUAUGAGAAGAACGUUAUAUGAAAAUCACCAAAUAUUUUGCAACUUUAUUUCAUCUGACUUGGAACUGAACAUCACUGUAGGAAAACUUUGAUGAGAAAACAAAGAAAGAAGAAAAUGCAGAAGGAAAGAGGACCGUGACACUUUGCAUUUUAAACUGCAGAUUGAUUUCUUUUGCAGGGAGGGAGAAAACAGGUUUGGUGCUGAGUUCCCUCGAAAGUGUCAGCAUGUGCAGUCAUACACCAGCCUGCAUGGUUUGUCCUGAAAUGUUUAUCUGGGAGAACAGGGAUUUGUCUCAAAGGAAAGGGGUGCUGCAGGAAGCCCUGCUUGACUGCUCUGUGUGGUCAGACUCCCUCCGAGUGCUACCGUGUGCGGGGUUGGUUGGCCGGGAAUGGCGGCUGGCCUGCUCAGAGUGUUGCUCUGUCUGACCUCUGUCUUGUUGGCCCCACCAGGACUCUAGCUCUGUGUUUCGGCUUUCCUGUUGGAACCCUCCCUAAACCUGCUCUCUCCAUUAAAGCAGUGUAGGCAGAGAGCAGAGAGAAGCUCCUUGGACUCUGUAAGAGAAGGUAGAGAAUUCAGGCAACUCUGGCUGAGGAUGUAAACCUGGUUUAUGACCUAUAUUUCCCUUUGAGUUACAAUCCAGAGUACCUUUUUUUUUUUUUUAACUACUUUUUUUCUCACUAGGCCAGAUUUAGCUUUACUCACAACUUAUUCUCACCUUUCCACCUCUAACACUUAUGAAACAUUUAGGCUUCACGUAAGAUUUGUACAACAUAGAUGUCACACAAGAGGCUGGUGGUAAAUAUUUUGGGGGCCAGACACUUCACAUGGUCGGCUCAGGCCACUUUGAAGGACAAAAGCCAGAACUCUGCUUUGUCCGUCUCCCAGUAUUGGGAAUCCUAUUGACGGUUUUCUGUGCAGCUCCUGAAACUUUAAAAAGAGCAUGCUUUUAACUGAAGCGUUUGAUUUUAGAGUUUCUUAUGUAAGGUCCUUGUAGUCUACUCGGCAGGAUAGGGCCGGAAAUUUGAAACUCUUGAUUUGACAACUUAACAUGAAAAUUAUGUCUUGUGACCUUUAGCUGAAUGCAUGGACUUAAAACAUUGGUGGGAAAAUGUGAAGGAAAGGUGGGUUUGAAUAGGCCAGACCUUAACCAAAGAUGCCGAAAUACAACAUGUCCUUUCUGCUCUAGAAACACCUUCAGGAGUGGUGUCAGGACCUUGUCGCUGAGGCUGUGUGUGUCCGCGGUGCGGGAGGGUGCUCCUUGUCAUGCCCUGCCUCCGUUUGCAAAAGGUCAUGAUAGAGCCAAGGUUUUUUUAGAGUCAGACUCAUUAUAAUAAUACACAUUGCAAACAGAGUUUCAGAGUGGUUUCCUCAGCUUCCUUAGGAACCAUUCCAUUUAUCAGUCGUGGACGAAGGCCAUGUGACUAUGCUAAACCAAUAAUACCUUAUUAGAACCUUACAUUCUGAUUUAGCCAGAGCGCCUGUGCUUUCAAGUACAACCUGAAGGACAGUGGCUAAGUUUGUCUUUUGAUCUUUUUUCUCCUUCGUGUGAUCAUCACAAAUACCAUUUCUGUUGUUUUGGUGGUGAUUAUGUGAGACUUCUAAUACAUAAAUGAACGGGUAUUGGUGCCUCUUGAUUUUAAAAAAUGUUGAAGAGAAGAGCCACCUCAUAUUCAUAGGGUGUGUGAGUAUUUUAUGAGUGUAUGAGCAUUUAAUUGAAAAUAAGAAAGGUAUGAAGUUAAUCUUUUGAUUUUUCUGUAGCAGCUGAUGUAUACAGAGACACUAAACCCCACACCAAAUUAUGUGGGGAAUGAGGAUCCUUUUUCUCUCCAGGUAGUCCCACAGGCCUGUAGUUUCGUUCAGUAUUCUUUAUGCUGUGAGUUAUUUCCACCUCAGUGGUUCAGCCUUUGGGACAACAGAUACUGCAGAAACCAAGGACUCUUGGUUAUUCGCACAAGACAAGCUGCUGGUAGACAUUAGCCCUCUGGUUUUCCAGCUCAACUUCUGAUUAGCGGACUGACGGUCAAGCUGGUCAGUUUGCUUAGUCAGCAGACUCAGGUUAUUUUCAGGGAAGGCAUGGUUUGGUUAAUUUCGUCACUAGGAUAUGUAAGGUGAAGACGCAAACCAAAUACCUUUCAUUACUUAACUCUACGUACAUUAUCCUUGGUAACACUAGAAUGCUGUGGUCUUGAGGGAAUGUUGGCAAGGAACGCAUACUUGGAAGGCCUGGGGCUCCAUACGCCUGUCUGGCUGGGGUGGGCUUUAUGGUGGUACAAUAGUGUUUACCAUAAGCAGGUACAAACUGCAUGAACUGUUCUUACUGAGCUAUAAUUGAAUAGAUACCAAAAAUAGAAUGACAAAUGUAUUUUAAUAGCAGAUGAGGCGAUUAGUUUUAGGGUGAAUUUUCCGCUGUUGAUUUUACUUCAAGAGAUAGGGAGAGAAAACAAAGAUUUGUUUUCAAGACGUUUCCCUCUACAGUGCUAAGCUGUAGUGAGCAUAUGCUUCGUUUACUUCCAAAGAGGCAGCAGCAGCUGGAAUGGGCUUACAGCACAUGCUUUGUUUCAUGUUGUGGGCGAGGACUUAACACUCUUACUUCAGCAGUCACUUCACGUUCUCCAGCAAGGCAGAUGUGGGGUUCACUAGGAUUUAGUGCCUGAUCUUUUCUUUUGGGAAGGGGUGGGAGUGAAUGUAGGGGGGAUGGGAGGAAGCAGAAGAAAACGGGCGUGUGAGUGAGCAUGCAUGUGUCCAAGACUCACCGUUCCCCCACACCACCUGUGUCCAGCAAGGAACAGGCAUUUAGUGUAUUUUGCUCACGACUGCAGCGUGCAUGUAUUUUUUUUCCCCUCGUCCGUGUUUUCUAAACUUACACUAAAAGGAUUCAUCAAAUCAUCUUGUUCAGAUGGCUCAGGAUUGUAUUUCUUUUGCUUACGCUGUGCUCUUGGGUUCUAUAGUAUUUCUAUAAUUAUGUAACAAGAAUAGUGUUGCACUGUAAUCUAUCAUAUAGAGCUAUAUGUAUGGAAAAUUUUGAUCAGUUUUUUAAGAAAUGUAUCCUGUUUGCAAAGGCACAAUAAAGUUGCAUCUUAUAGACUAUAGGCAAUAAAGCUAACAAUAAACCUUAUUUAACACAAACCAUAUUCAUAUUCUCUGUUCAUUUGAUUUUGGACAAAGUCCACCGUAUCAAGUAGUUUUCAGGGACUUCAUUUUGACUUAAAAAGUUCUGAUAUACCUAAUUUAUAAAUUUCAGACUGAUAUAAUAGAGUUUUUGGAAAACUAUAACAAAUGCUUUGUUAAUGUGUGUAUUCCUAUGUAAAACACAUGGCUUCUCCUGUGUAUAUUUUUAAAAAUUAAAGAAAUGCACAUUUAAAAA